UGUCGAAAGGAAAUUAGUAAAAUGGUAAAAAUAUUCGAUCUUGAGCCGUUCAAGCCCCUGGAUGAACCUGAAGUGGCGAUCCAAAAGAAAGUUCAUCGAUCUAUCAGGUUCUAUACUAUCUUGUACGGUACGUUGACAAAUACGACAUGUUCAAUGUUGACACUAUCUUCAUUUAUUCGUGAUAUUCCUCGACGUCAGCUACUGUUCAAAUCCUGGUUCCCCUUCGAUCGCACAACACCUGUUGGCUUUUGGUCUACCUACGUUUACCAGACUAUUUAUCAUUACAUGGGAGCUAAUGUCAACAUUGCAUUCGAUACUUUUCUCCCUGGUCUCAUGAUGGCUACCACGGCUCAGAUGGAGAUCCUCAAGUAUCGGUUCAUCACGCUGCCAAGGAUGAUAGAGAACAAAUGUUUUGAAUCGGUUUGCGAAGUGAAUGCAGACGAACUUAUAAAGAUAGAAACAAAAUAUUUGGCGGAUUAUACGAGACAUCAUCUCAAAAUUUUAAGAUUUUCCAAAGCAACUAAUGACACAUUCACCGUUUCAAUUUUUCUACAAUAUUGUGCGAGCUCUUUAGUGAUCUGCGUUAGUGUCUUCAGCUUAUCAACAUUGAAGCCCUUGAGUAAAGAGUUUAAUUCUUUGGUGAUGUACGUUGCUUGUAUGCUGAUUCAAAUAUACAUAUUUUGUGACGCGGCAAAUGAAGCAACUAUCAAGAGUGGCACCAUUGCCGAUGCCAUUUAUGAGAUGGACUGGACUGCUCUAUCAACCACCAGCCAAAAAAGUCUGGUGCUCAUGAUGGCUCGGACUUUACGACCCAUUAUGUACACGAGCGGCCAUAUGAUCAGUCUGUCCCUCGUUUCAUUCAAUAGCUUAUUGAAACUUUCCUACUCUAUCUGGAACAUCUUGAACCGGUCAUCUCAGAGAAGUGAUUGAACUUCCCAAAACUUCAAGUCACUGAUACGAUGGGAGGUGCUGAAUAAAUCGAGUUAUAAUAUUAUCUUUUCGAUGUACUUACUGCGUAGGUUCUACUGAAAUGGCUCUUCACAAAAGAAAGCCCAUCGUAAUUGAUCCACACUUUUUGUCGAUUGUUCUAUCAGUUUAAUGAAAUUAAUCAUGAUAUAAGAAUGAUUGAAAGGUUUUCAUAAAAAGCAUUAAUGAGACGCCAUUCGCUGUUUAAUUUUCGCGUAGAAGGUUCGCCUUUUAAGUUCUUCGUGUCUUUUGCAAUGAGGCGGAAGUCGUUAAAGUAAUUUGCCCGAUAAAGUGGCUUGUUGACUCUAUAAAACAAGUUGGCAGUCACCAAUCAGUUAAAAGUGCGAUUAACAAUGGUUGAGCGAAGGGUUAUGCUCCUCGUCCUUCUUGCGCUGAAUAUAAGAAGUUCAAUUCUCGCGGAAUCGGAAAUAGAAGAGGCAGAAAAGCCUUCAGAGGGAACUUUGUGGUGCGGAGAGUAUCCUCCAGAUGAUGAAAACGCCCUAGGAAAAUAUGAGGGAACCGACAAGUGUUGUCGAGCUCAUAUCGUAGAUUGCUCUCAAAUUAAACCCGGCGAAAAGAAAUAUGGCCUGGAAAAUUCACAAUCGUUUGCUACGUCGGAAUGUUCGUGUGACGAAACUCUACUGACAUGCUUGCAAGCUGUUGAAGGAGAAGAAGUGACUAAAGAAGUUAUGAAUGAUUUUUUCCAUAUUUUAAGUCCACCGUGUUUCAAUUUUGAAGACGAUGAAAAGACUAAAGCUGUGUGGAGUGACACUAAGGUCAAGAUCGAGAAUUAGAGUAAUUGUGUUAUUAAAAAUCGAGGGGUUGUUCUCAUCAAAACUAUCGCACCGGCAGCCACCUACAUUUACACUGAUAAAUAAAAAUCUGUUAGCACAAUUGGGAGUAAAAUUAAUUUGAAGAUGCGAAUACUCCAUUUUCUGUUCCUUGGUGAAAGCGAAUACUCCUAGGAAUGAACGGGUUUGGAGAAUCGACGAUAUUAUAACGGUUGUCUCGAAUUCCGAAAGUUAAUUUCCCGCGCUGGAAAAUUACAACAGCUCUUCGUGACUUCUGUAAACUGAUAACACUGAACGAUAGGGAAAAAUGAUAAAGAGGAUUCCAUCGAUAUUUAGAACCCAGAGGUGGAAAAUGACGGUUGAAGGUGCGUAACACAACAAUUUCUAGUGAAGAACUUUCCAAUGUAAUUUUUCGCUGAAAAAGGAUGGGAAUAAACAGGAAAUAUAUUCA